GCAACCCAAAUUCCAACGAAAAAUUAAAAAAUAUUUCUACACGUCAUCUGGCGACUGUCAAACAGUUUUACGCGAGGGUUUUCUUAUUUUUAAUGCAAAUUGGUCUGUUUUGAACAAUAAAAAAAUGGUGCUUAUAGCAGCUACAGUAUGCACAAAGUCAGGGAAAGCCCUAGUGUCACGCCAGUUUGUGGAAAUGACGAAGGCGCGGAUAGAGGGACUGCUGGCAGCCUUCCCCAAGCUUAUGACUGGAGGCCGCCAACACACCUUCGUCGAGACUGAGUCAGUCAGAUAUGUGUACCAGCCGCUGGACAAGCUGUACAUGCUGCUCAUCACCACAAAGGCCAGCAACAUCCUCGAGGACCUGGAAACUCUCCGCCUCUUCAGCCGAGUGGUACCUGAAUACUGCACCCAGUUGACUGAAACAGAGGUGUUGAACCAGGCCUUCAACCUGCUCUUUGCCUUCGAUGAGAUCGUGGCUCUCGGGUACAGGGAGAGUGUCAACUUGGCACAGGUUCGUUCCUUCGUCGAAAUGGACUCUCAUGAGGAAAAGAUUUAUCAGGCUGUUAGACAGACUCAAGAGAGAGAAGCGGCCAACCGUAUGCGCGAGAGAGCAAAGGAGCUCCAGAGAGAACGGUUGGAAGCCGCCAAGAGGGGCGGAGCGCCGCGCAGCACCAUGGCCUUCGGUAGUAGCGGUGGUUUCGGCAACCAGUCUAUGUCUUCAGCUGCAGGAGUGGAACCCAUCGCGGAGAAGAUUCCCACCACACCAGCUAGGGACACUCGUCCAGCAACCCGUUCAGCGAUGAAGCUCGGCUCCCGCGGCACGGACGCCGAGUCCUUCGUGUCCAAACUGCGCAGCGAGGGCGACGCCGCCGCCGCAGUCACCCCCACUAUCCAACCCGACGUCAAACCUGGGACUUUACCCGCGCCCGACCAGAAAGAUGUUCACCUGAGAUUUGAGGAGAGGCUUAACCUGGUGGCCGGACGUGAUGGCGACAUACAGAGUUUCGAGCUCUCGGGUCUCCUGACACUGCGCAUCAGUAACGAGCAGUUCGGCCGCAUACACGUUCACGUCGAUAAUAAGGACACCAGGCCGUUGCAGUUACAGACUCACCCCAACGUCGACAAAGAGGCAUUCCGAUCCAGCGGCGUGAUCGGCUUGAAGCAGGCACAGAGACCGUUCCCCCUCCACUCUGAUGUCGGCGUUCUAAAAUGGCGUCUUGCAACUGCUGACGAUAAGCUCGCUCCUAUCUCAGUAAACUGCUGGCCGUCAGAGGGCGCCAACGGCGGCUGUGACGUCAAUAUCGAGUAUGAACUCGAACAGGAUCAUCUUACCCUGCAAGACGUCACUAUCAACAUUCCUCUGCCAACCGGCAACAGCUCAGUAGUGGUCCACCAAUGGGAGGGCAGCUACGCGCAGAAAGGCCGCAACCUGAUCUGGAGCAUUCCACUCAUCGACAAGCAACAUAAAUCUGGCAGUCUUGAGUUCACGGUGACCCCAGCGAUCCCCAACGACUUCUUCCCGCUGACCGUCUCUUGGAGCUCGGACACCACCCUGGCGCUCCUGACCACCACCGGCGUGUCGCAGGCGGCUGACGGCUCGCCCGUCGACUACUCGCAGGAGAUCAGCUUCCAUCCCGACAAAUAUGAGAUCGUCUAGGUGCGGUCAUACAGAAAUAUAGUAAGAAUUA